CCAUCACUCCCACCGCAAAGCCCCUGCACCAGACGUAAACAUUUUACGACAUUUCUGUCAUUUACGGCAGUGUCAUGGCGGCGCAUGCAGUUCGGUUUGAGAGUACUAGCAGCGUAGUUGAUCGUAAGGACAGUAAACGACAGGCACGACAAGAGGCGAUUGAAAGGGCCAAGCAACAAUAUGAGAGAGAGGAAAGGAGGAAGGAGCUGAAGAGGCAAAGAGGGGAAGACACUUGGAUGCUCCCUGAGGUCACCGACAGACUGAAGAAAAUAGAGGCCGAAACCUCUGGGAAAAGCAAAAAGAAGAAAGAGAAGAAAUCAAAAAAGAAGAAGAAAAAGGCGAAGAGGGAAAAGGUGACAGAAGCAGCAGAUGGCUCAAGUGACAGCUCAAAUGACUCAGUCGAUGAGUGGGUUGAAGCUCAGCCUCAGGCACAGCCUGCUAAAGCCUGGAAGGUUUCAGAAAAAUCCAAGUCUCCAGAGAGCAAUAGCGACUCAGCUCAAAAUAUCCAGAGAGAUGAAUGGAUGACUUUUGACUUUUUGGCUAUGAAAACCACAUCCACAGCAGAGAAGAGAGCUGAGAAAGAACGACAGAAAGAGCAGGAGCGGGACAAAGCUCAGGCCAUUGAACAGGCUGGCUUGCACAAAUUGGAACUCAACCCGUACUGGAAGGAUGGUGGAACUGGUCUGCCCCCUGAGGAGAUGGCUGGUACGGCUGCAAAGAAAGCAGGUUCAGUGGUGAAUGAUGGUGGUCUUAGCUGGCUCAGGAAGAACUAUCAGAGGAUGAAGGAGCAGGCAGAAAGAGAGCAGCGCAGCCUGGACAAUGUGGUGGCAGACAGAUAUGGAUCAAUGGAGGAAUUCCAGCAGCGACUUGCAGAGGCAGAAAAGGCUGUUUAUGGACAUAAAAACAGAGGAGAAAGGGACAUCAUGUUGAAAGGCAGGCGGAUGGAAGGAAUGGAGAGCAGAGAGACGUGGCGGAAAAAAGGAGACGAGAUGGAGAUAGAUCGGUGCAGAAGAUAUGAAAGAGACUCAUCACCUUUGUCCCAUGAGAGAUAUUCUGAGAGGGGACGCUAUCGAGAUAGAGAGAGAGAUCGAGAUAGUGAAAGAAAGCCAAACAAGGACAAAGACAGAUAUAGGGUCCGGGAGAGAGAGAAGGAACGGGAUGAAGAUAGAGGAAGAAACAUCGAUUGCGAGAGGCCCAGUGUUACAUCCUCAUCUGACAAAAAUUGGAGUCAACGUUCCUCCUCUCUUGGGACACAGAAAGGCUGUUUCCUUAAGCCCUCACAAGAUGACGACAGCAGAGGUCCUGAGCGUCGUCCUCACAGAGCUCGGUCAUCAAUGCGAUUUUUGAAACCCACCUCAGAUGAUGAAGAUUCUGGUCCACAAACCACAAGCGCUAUAGCAUGGAAGAAGACUGGAGGUCCUGUACAUGAGCCGGAUCAUUUUGAAAAAGCACAGGAAGUGAGAGAUGCUGCAAAGCCAACCCCUGCUCCUUGUGAUGACAAAGCUGCUAAAUCAAGUGAGAGUGACGAUGAUGAACAGGUGGAAGAGCUUCUAGUUCUCUCUGAGGAAGAGAUGAACAAACUGGGCGCUAAACUGGUGAAGGCAGAGAUUAUGGGUAACGCAGCCAUGGUUGAGAAGCUAAAGGCCCAGUUGGAUGCAGCUCACAAAGCCAAAGAGAGCCACGCUGCACGAAAGAAGCUCCAUGAAACAGCAACAUCAAACCAGGUGGCAGAUUGCUCUAGUGAAGACCGGGAGGUCCUAUUAUUCAGAACUGAUCACUCAGGUCAGGCCUGGCCUGUCAAGCCUAUAUCAGGACGUCAGGAGCCCCACGGAGGACGUCGCAAGAAGAAGGCGAUUGAGACUCACGUUGAUGGACAGCGUGUGAGGUACUUUGAGGAUGACGACAGUGUGGGUCUGAAGGAGAUGGUUAGGAGGGAGAAGAUGAGCUCCACACAGGAUCAGAACGCCCUCUACUCUCGAAUGGCUGCCAAGAUGAUGGGAAAGACGGAUGGAGAAAACUACACUCUGGAUGACAUGUUUGUGUCAAGUGCAGUGCGAAAGGAGGGUGAAGGGAGGGAGGAGGAGAGGCUGAGGAACAAAGCCACCGUGGAGAGUAGGAGGCUGGCGGCCACUAUGGAGAAAUGCCGUCACUGUUUCAGCAGCCAGGAGCUCCAGAAGCACCUCAUCGUAGCCAUAGGGAGCAAGGUUUACCUAAGUCUGCCUGCAGGGGUGUCCAUGACAGAGGGCCACUGUCUCAUCUGUCCCCUCCAGCAUCACUGCUCAGCCACCACCUUGGAUGAGGAUGUCUGGUCAGAGAUACAGCUGUUCCGACGCAGCUUGGUGCGUAUGUUUGAGUCCCAGGAGCUGGACUGUGUGUUCAUGGAAACGCACAUGAACCCACGCAGGAGACAACACAUGGUCCUGGAGUGUAUCCCACUUCCUCGGGAACUGGGUGAUAUGGCACCUAUAUACUUUAAGAAAGCGAUCAUGGAGUGUGAUGAGGAAUGGGCCAUGAACAAGAAGGUCGUUGACCUUUCUUCAAAAGACAUCCGCAAAGCUGUUCCCCGAGGGCUGCCCUACUUUGCUGUAGACUUUGGACUCCAGGGAGGGUUUGCUCAUGUAAUUGAAAAUGAACAGAAGUUCCCACAUUACUUUGGCAAGGAAGUGGUUGGAGGUAUGAUGGACUUGGAGCCAAGGCUUUGGAGGAAGUUGAUACGUGAGAAUUUUGAUGAUCAGAGGAAAAAAGUCCUGCAGUUUGCACUUUGGUGGAAAUCGUACGAUUGUACCAAGAUUGAGGCCUAGCAGGACACAUAACAACACACACAUGCAUACACAAAGACAGAAAGACUGUGAUGUAAACCUUUGUUGUAUCAUGUGCAGACACUAUUACAUCCAUAAAACUAGAAAAUGUUUAGUUACAACAUCUCGUGAGAAUAAGCGGUAUGGAUGGAUGGAUUAUUUUUUUGCUGAAAUAUACAUGAACAGAUAAAAUCCCUAUUUCAUAUCAACAGGGUGCAAAUUAAAACAAAUACAUUUGCCAGUGUUGCAUUUUUUGUUGUCUCAUUUCUACAAAAAUUUGUGGAGAAGUGGGUCAUCUUUUAUUCCAGCAUUAAAGAUGUUUUUUAAAAAUUA